UUUCCAAGAGAAAAGGGGUCCGUUGGGCACCUAAUCGUUAUGUCAUAAUAGAUCCGAACACUUGCCUCGGAUUGACUUCAAUAUCAUAAUUGCUCUAGUGAAUAACUAAAUAAAAUAGAUGGAUGGGAGAUAGGAAAGAAAGGUACUAAUCAUAACAUAAAUAAAAUAGCUAUCUUUCAGAGGUUCACUAAAAACUGUUGGCGGGUCUCUUUGUAUGUGUUGUCCGGAAAGAGGAGGACUUAAUGAUUAUUCGUUCGCCGGAACCAGAAGUGAAAAUUGUUGUAGAUAGGGAUCCCAUAAAAACGUCUUUCGAGGAAUGGGCCAGACCCGGCCAUUUCUCAAGAACAAUAGCUAAGGGCCCUGAUACUACCACUUGGAUCUGGAACCUACAUGCUGAUGCUCACGAUUUCGAUAGUCAUACCAGUGAUUUGGAGGAGAUCUCUCGAAAAGUAUUUAGUGCUCAUUUUGGUCAACUCUCCAUUAUCUUUCUUUGGCUGAGUGGCAUGUACUUCCAUGGCGCUCGUUUUUCCAAUUAUGAAGCAUGGCUAAGUGAUCCUACUCACAUUGCACCCAGUGCCCAGGUAGUUUGGCCAAUAGUAGGUCAAGAAAUAUUGAAUGGUGAUGUGGGUGGAGGUUUCCGAGGAAUACAAAUAACCUCCGGGUUUUUUCAGAUUUGGCGAGCAUCUGGAAUAACUAGUGAAUUACAACUCUAUUGUACCGCCAUUGGCGCAUUGGUCUUUGCAUCGUUAAUGCUUUUUGCUGGUUGGUUCCAUUAUCACAAAGCCGCCCCCAAAUUGGCUUGGUUCCAAGAUGUAGAAUCUAUGUUAAAUCACCACUUAGCGGGGUUACUAGGACUUGGGUCUCUUUCUUGGGCGGGACACCAAAUCCAUGUAUCUUUACCGAUUAACCAAUUUCUCGACGCUGGAGUUGAUCCUAAAGAGAUACCGCUUCCUCAUGAAUUUAUCUUGAAUCGGGACCUUUUGGCUCAACUUUAUCCCAGUUUUGCCGAGGGAGCAACCCCCUUUUUCACCUUGAAUUGGUCAAAAUACGCGGAAUUUCUUACUUUUCGCGGAGGAUUGGACCCAAUAACAGGUGGUCUAUGGCUGACCGAUAUUGCACACCAUCAUUUAGCUAUUGCAAUUCUUUUCCUGAUCGCUGGUCAUAUGUAUAGAACCAACUGGGGCAUUGGUCAUAGCAUUAAAGACAUUUUAGAGGCUCAUAAAGGUCCAUUUACAGGCCAGGGCCAUAAAGGACUCUAUGAAAUCCUAACAACGUCGUGGCAUGCUCAAUUAUCUCUUAACCUGGCUAUGUUAGGCUCUUUAACCAUUAUUGUAGCUCACCAUAUGUAUUCCAUGCCUCCCUAUCCAUACCUAGCUAUUGACUAUGGUACACAACUUUCGUUGUUCACACAUCACAUGUGGAUCGGUGGGUUUCUCAUAGUUGGUGCUGCUGCACAUGCAGCAAUUUUUAUGGUAAGAGAUUACGAUCCAACUACUCGAUACAACGAUCUAUUAGAUCGUGUCCUUAGACACCGCGAUGCAAUCAUAUCACAUCUUAACUGGGCAUGUAUAUUUCUGGGUUUUCACAGUUUUGGCUUGUAUAUUCAUAAUGAUACCAUGAGCGCUUUAGGGCGUCCACAAGAUAUGUUUUCAGAUACCGCUAUACAAUUACAACCCAUCUUUGCUCAAUGGGUACAAAACACCCAUGCUUUAGCACCCGGCAUAACAGCUCCUGGUGCAACAGCAAGUACCAGCUUAACUUGGGGAGGUGGUGAGUUGGUAGCAGUAGGCGGCAAAGUAGCUUUGUUACCUAUUCCAUUAGGAACCGCAGACUUCUUAGUCCAUCAUAUUCAUGCAUUUACGAUCCACGUGACUGUAUUGAUACUACUGAAAGGUGUUCUAUUUGCUCGCAGUUCCCGUUUGAUACCUGAUAAAGCAAAUCUUGGUUUUCGUUUUCCUUGUGAUGGACCUGGAAGAGGGGGGACAUGUCAAGUAUCUGCCUGGGAUCAUGUCUUCUUAGGUCUAUUCUGGAUGUACAAUGCGAUUUCCGUAGUUAUUUUCCAUUUCAGUUGGAAAAUGCAGUCGGAUGUUUGGGGUACUAUAAGUGAUCAAGGGGUAGUAACUCAUAUUACAGGAGGAAACUUUGCGCAGAGUUCCAUUACUAUUAAUGGGUGGCUUCGAGAUUUCUUAUGGGCACAGGCAUCUCAGGUAAUUCAGUCUUAUGGUUCUUCAUUAUCUGCAUAUGGUCUCUUUUUCUUAGGUGCUCAUUUUGUCUGGGCUUUCAGUUUAAUGUUUCUAUUCAGUGGCCGUGGUUAUUGGCAAGAACUCAUUGAAUCCAUCGUUUGGGCUCAUAACAAAUUAAAAGUUGCUCCUGCUACUCAGCCUAGAGCCUUGAGCAUUGUACAAGGACGUGCUGUAGGAGUAACCCAUUACCUUCUGGGUGGAAUUGCCACAACAUGGGCAUUCUUCUUAGCAAGAAUUAUUGCAGUAGGAUAAUGGCUAGGAGGAUUUGAAAGGCAUUAUGGCAUUAAGAUUUCCGAGGUUUAGCCAAGGCUUAGCUCAGGACCCCACUACUCGUCGUAUUUGGUUUGGUAUUGCUACCGCACAUGACUUCGAGAGUCAUGAUGAUAUUACUGAGGAACGUCUUUAUCAGAACAUUUUUGCUUCUCACUUUGGGCAAU